UGGAAGUAGCCAGGCGUGAAGUAGCUGUGCAUCUUCAGUCCCUUGAUGCUAACUGUAGCUCCACCUGACGAUCUGCCUGUCUGUUUUUCUAUGCGUACGAAACAAUUGAUACCCCUUUGAGCAUCCAUCAGAACGAAGCUCUCCUCCAUCCCAACACACUCAAUGGAACCCAGCUCUACCUCCAAGGUCGCCGUAACCUACUGGGACCCCGCAGCGCUCUUCCCACUCAUUGCCCCGGAUCUCCGAACGCGCCUCCCCCUUCGAAACCUCCACUGGAAAUCCCCUGCGCGUCCCGUCCGAUCCAUUACCUCGCUCCACGUUGACCUCCUUCCAUACUCCCCGUCUCCAACCAACCUCACCUCGCCGGCCUUCCAAACCUCCGCUGAACUAACCCGCGUCAAAUCCACCGACUCCACCCGCUCCAAUGAAGGACCCAGCAACAUCGCGCGCUCCGCAUCGCGCAGCCGCGCCGGCCCACGGAAGGAGCGUCGCCACCAGAUCCCGGGACUACGCAACACGCCCUACCUGAAGGUGUACAUCCUGCGAUGCGACGACAACGAGAGCUACAAGAACACGCAGCGCAAGCUGCUGCGCGAGUGGGUAUCCACGCACGCCACCGUCGACGGCGCCGACAACCACGACGCCCACGAGUGGCUAAUCCUGCAUGUGGUUCUCCCGGGCACGCCCGCCGCGCAGCAGCCGCGGUCGAGCUCGUCCGCGUCGAACGUUACGGGGACGUCGAGGUGGAUGAAGGGCUCGCAGACACUGCUGGACAAGAUCCGCUCCGACUUCAAUGGGUCGAAUGCGAAGAUCGACCGGGUCGCGCAGAUCCGCAUCGCCCCGUCCCAUCCGGAUCUGCAGACGCUCAGCCCGCCGGUGGCGUCGACGGCGGCGACCACCACGCCCGAGACCCCCGCAGAGGUCGAUACCGCGUGGCUGGACCUGGUGGCAAAGCUUAAGACGCAGAUCUUGGCCAGCUUCGAUGCGAGGGUCACGCAGUAUGAGGAGGAUGUCAGGGAAAGGGACUCCCAGAGGAGUUUGCCCGGGUGGAACUUUUGUACGUUUUUCGUGCUGAAGGAGGGCCUGGCGCGUGCGUUCGAGAGCGUGGGACUCGUCGAGGACGCCUUGGUGUUGUAUGACGAGUUGGGGUUUGGGCUGGAGGCGAUUGUCAGGGAGCAGGAAAAGGGGGAGGUCAUCGGUGGUAGUUUCAUCGGGUGGACCAAGGAGGGGCUCUACUGGAUCGAGGAGGCGAGGAAAUGUUUGAAGGCGAGGAAGACGGGAGAAGGGGAGGCGGUGGAUGAGAUCGAGGAGGGACAUCCAAUCGCCUCGGAUAAGAAACCGUACCGGGAGCUUAUCCUGAGCAACGAGAUCUCGGUCUUUGAUUUUAGGUGUUACCUGUUUGCACGACAGGCGACAUUGCUGCUACGAUUGGGAAAGCGGAACGGUGAUUCCUCGCAGGAAUCCGCCUCGGAGGAGGGGGAUGAUCUGACUCGUCUUGCCGAGAUUUGCAGGCGCGGAGUCGACUUCAUCACCACCGUUGCUCGGGUUCUCCGGGCGGAUCUCACAGCGCCCCACCAAGACUCACUCCAAGGCUCGGAGAAGAAGCACAAGGACGAGAUCACCUCAUCCGAGGAACUUAGCGCAAUAAUCGACAACCUGAUCGCAUCGUGGACCUACGCGGUAUGUUCACAGCUGCUCCAACAGACUACCUCCUCGGCAAUCCCGGAGGGAUUGGAAGAGGGCUCGGAUAAGGGGCUCUUGCCGCAGCGAUCCAGCAGCUUGUCGCUAAAGACUCCCGCCUUUGCGCAAGCGAUGAAGGGGGGUAUUACGGGCCUUGAGGAGGUUGUGGCUGCUCGUGCUGAGCUCAUUGUUCUUGCUAGAACAGUCCUCGAAGGCAUAGGAGCCAGGCGAGGAUGGGUGGGACGCGAGGGGUGGUUCAAUGUUGGCGAUGGUUCGGGGGAGAUGGAAGAGGUGAAUCUGGAUGGUGACGAUGACGCAACGAAGAACGAGGGGAAGCCGGCGGCCUGGGUGCCCGAGGGUGUUCGGAACAAGGAUCUGAAGGCGGCGGCCGAGGACGACGGGGGGUUCUACUCACGGUUUGCGGAGCUCAGCGAGAAGGCCAUGAGAUACUACGGCCUCGCAAAACGGUACAAGAGUGCCGAGAGGGUGGAGUCGGAUCUGGCAGCCUUGAAAUUCCACCUGAAGGAGUACGAGACCGCCGCGGUGCACCUGAAGCGCAUGACGGACUUCUAUGAGGAGCAAGGCUGGGGCCUCAUCGAGACGACGCUGUUGGGGAUGUAUGCCAAGUGUCUUAAGGAGAUGCAAAAGCCAGAAGAGCACACCAAUGUUCUCCUCAAGCUCCUCAAGAAGUCGGCCGCCGCGGAAAGAGCCCGCGUGGGAAGACUCGCCGGAAAGGACGUUGAGACACCGCCGACACAGUCGCCGCUGGGAAGGCUGAAUACUUCACACGUCGACGUGCGGGGAUAUGUAUCGGAGGUCAUGGCACUCUCUACAGAUAUUCCGAGGGAGAUAGUCAAUCCCAUAAUGCACUUCUGGAGCGACGUCUCCGUCGACCCGUAUCCGCGCCAUUCGGUAGAUCAAGAUGGGUUCGAGGUCGGUGUGCGGAUGAGAUAUCUACUCACCGAUCCGUUGACCAUCGACAAGAUUACCGUCAGAGUCGUCUCCGCGCCGCCGCUACAAGGCCGUGAGUUGACGCUUGAAUCCUCGGGCCCGAUUGAAAUGAGGAGGGGGAUCGUUAAGAGCACUGUUUCUACCAACCAGACGAUACCGGGCAGGUACAUCGUGGAGCAGCUCACCAUUACUGCCGGAAAACUCAAGUUUGUGCACGAGUUUAUGGCUCGAACGAUGCCCGAUACUCCUCUGGGAUUGGUUUCGAGUGCCGGCACAGCGAUUGCGGCUGCGAAGAAAACGAAGCUGAGCUUCUUUCCCGCGCCGAGGGGAUUGACGGGAAAACUGGAGAUGCCGAAAGAUAUCCACCUGGAGAAGAUGCGGAUGGUAGAGAUUAAGGUUUCGUCAGGGAAGAAUACCAUUGAGAAGGGAGAGCUUCGUAUCCGCUCUGCGACUGCGGGACUCAGACUCAUCACUGGAUCUCUCGAGGUCGUUAGCGGGACGGAUGUGGUGGUGGUCAACCCCGAGAAGCCAGGAACUCUGUGUCUCAAGGAGUUUCCGGCAGAGAGCGAGAUCCGUGUGAGGCUCCCGUACAACUCGGACAACGAGCUGACGGAGCUGAUGGUUCGCCUCGAGGUGGAUUAUACCACCGAGAAGGGUGGCUUCCUCUUCAUCGAGACACUGAACGUGCUCGUGGCAUUGCCGCUGGCCGUAAACGUGCAGGACAUCUUCAAAGAGAAAGCGCUUUAUUCCAAGUUCCAGGUUUCGACUGCUGCCGCAGAGGUUCCGCUCAGGGUCUUUACCGUCGGCUUGCACGAGAGCAAGACGUUCUAUGCCGAGGGCGGUGUGGGUACCGAGGGGAGCAUGACGGUUUUCGCGAAGCAGCCGGCGAACUUUACUUAUAAGAUCAUGAGGAAGAUGGAUGUUACUAGUCCGCCGGAGAGUCUGGCGCUCGUUAUCGAGUACACCAAUAUGGACGAAGAGCUGCGAGAGACGGUGUCGAGUGUCUUCGAGAGGGAUCUGAAGGAUGCCGGUUUCGAGCGAUAUGUUCACUGGUUACUACCUGGGCUUUUCAUGCGGUUCAGACAUAGGUCGCCCACUGAGCUUGAGACUGCAGCGCUGCUCGAAGAGGUGGAUAUCGGCACGUACGAGGAGUACGGAUGGGAGGAUGCGCUCGAAGCGAUCGAUCAGCGCUCCGGUGAACGGGCAAAGGUGGAGAGUUGGUUGAAGGAGUUCUUCACGAAACACGCCACGAUCCCACUCAACCAGAAGGACAUCCUAACCUCCAUUACACGCUCCAUUUUCAUCCCCGUCGAAGUCCCGGCGCUGCAGGUGAUGCACACGGUCGAGCUAAACCUGCUCUGCGACAGCAUCUCGCGCCAACUAUCCUCACCCUACGCACCGCCAAUGGUGACGGUCGGCGUCUCGCUCCAAGCAGAACUGAUAAUCCGCCACUCGCGGCACUGGGACACAACCGCCGACGCCGAAGCCCUCGCGAAGCCCAUGGAGUUCUUCUACGAAGUCCAAAACAAUCCGGACACGUGGCUCAUCAGCGGCCGCAAACGCGCACACUUUGCCGGUGUCGACGGCAGUGUCGAGACGUUCGCGCUCGUCCUGGUCCCCACCCGGCCCGGACAGCUCUCGCUUCCGAACGUGGAGAUAAAGUGCACCGACGGUGCGGAUAAUGUCAGCUGCGAAACCGAGUACAAGGCUAACGCCGAUGUGGUGCUCGUCCUGCCCGACGUCAGGAGUACCACCGUCAGGAUUGAUAGUCUAUUCGGCGGGGAGCAGAUAGCGGCGUAGGAGCAGGAGCGAACGGUGGAUACAAGGGAGAUAGAUGGAGUAGUUAAAACAUAAUAUUUAC